AUGGCGGCUGCAUCUACUGUUUCCUCCUUGAUUCCGCCUCCGCUUCCCGAGUUCGACGACGGUAACGCCGCCGACGCCUCGGGCUCAGGCUUGGUCCUCCUCGACAGGUGGUGCUACAUCGCCAACCUCGUCAACGCCACGCGCCCGCCACUGGUCUCCCACUUCUGCGUCCACUGCCCCGGCCUCGACUUCCCCAACGCAACUCCCAAGGUCAUCACCACCGACGCCGACCUCGUCCUCCUCUGCGUCCCCGUUUACCCCGACACCAUCGGCCACGGAUGGGACUGGGACUACUUCGUCUACAGCCUGCGCGCCCGUCGCCUAUAUCUGGUCCCGAACCCGAACCACAGGUGCCUCACCGACUCUGCAACUGUCCUCCUUAGCGACGUGCUCAGCGAGUCCCCUGUGCUCCACGACGUCCCACUGCCGGUGCCGGCAAGGGGCAACUGGAAUCCGCUCCUCAUGGAACUCGACCCUUACAAUUUCCGCGAUGUAAAAACAGAGACUCUAUCAAGAUUAACGAUAUUGAUCAACACGGUGUUACUAGACCCGUCUUGGUAG